GAAUGACUGACUGCCUUAUUAAACCGUCCCCGGCUCGAGAUCUCCCACUUUCGGUGUUCCAAAGACUUUAUCAUUUGUGACUACAUGUACCACUUUAGCUGAUCUUGCCAUUGAGUUUUUCGUGUGCUGUCCUUCACUUUAUGUUGUUCGCUAGUUACGCCCGUGCGUUGAUCUCCUCCUAGAGACAUUCUCUCCCUCCGGUCCCCGCCGUCACAGCAGCCUGUUGUCUCGUCUUGAGACACAGCUGCGUCGAGAGAAGCCACCACGACACCUUCAAUCAGAAAGAGAAAGGCCGAGGAUAGCGUCUCAGACGCGUUGAAGCACGGAUCUGCAAAAACCCGGAAGACAUCCAUCGUUCCUGCGCAGGGUCCGACCACUCCAGUCACUGAGCACGGCUCACCCUCUCUACGAGACAUGGAUUCGGACGACGAGUUCAUGUCCGAUCCGCCGAGCGGAGAUGAAAUCGACUUCGAUGAAGGAACCCAAGAUAGUGAUAUUGGAAGUCUGGGAGGUGACUUUGAUCAGGAUCAAGAUGGCGGUUUCGGCUACGAUAAAGAUAUCCUGAUGAGCCCCAAUAAACCCUACGAAGUUGAAUUCAAAGUCCUCAGUCCGAAGGACAUACAAUUACAGCAAGAUCGACAGUUUCAGGAAGUUUCCUCGAUCAUAGAACUACCACCCGAGCAAGUGGCUAUCCUUUUACGAUUCGCGAGAUGGAACAAGGAAAAGCUCAUAGAGUCGUACAUGGACAAUCCGGAGAAAGUACUCGAGGCUGCGGGCCUGGGAGGGGAUUCGGCAGCGUCACCAAAGACGAAAACAGUCAAGGGAUUUACCUGCGAGAUCUGCUACGAGGACGGCCCUGAUGUGCAGACGUAUGCCAUGAAAUGCGGUCACAGAUACUGCGUCGAUUGUUAUAGUCAUUAUUUGACACAGAAAGUUAAGGAAGAGGGGGAAGCUGCCAGGAUUGAAUGUCCUUUUGAUGGUUGCCAUCGGAUCGUGGAUUCUAAAUCAUUGAAGUUGCUGGUCGGCCAGACGGUGCAGGAUCGUUACGAGGUUCUCCUCACAAGGACAUACGUGGAUGAUAAGGAAACCCUGAAGUGGUGUCCGGCACCCGAGUGUGAGUAUGCCAUUGAGUGUCCAGUCAAAAAGCGUGAGCUCAAUCGGGUCGUUCCAACCGUCCGGUGUUCACACGACCAUAACUUUUGCUUUGGAUGUACACUGGCAGAUCACCGACCUGCCCCGUGUGCUCUGGUCAAGAAGUGGAUGAAAAAGUGUGAGGACGACUCCGAAACCUCCAACUGGAUAUCAGCCAACACAAAGGAGUGUCCGAAAUGCGGAUCUACAAUUGAAAAGAAUGGUGGAUGCAACCACAUGACUUGCCGGAAAUGCAAGCAUGAAUUCUGCUGGAUGUGUAUGGGACCUUGGUCCGAGCACGGUACAAGUUGGUACAAUUGCAACCGCUUUGAAGAGAAAUCAGGAGCCGACGCACGUGAUGCUCAAGCUCGCUCUCGUCAAUCUCUGGAACGGUAUCUGCACUACUAUAACCGUUAUGCCAAUCAUGAACAAUCUGCCAAACUGGACAAAGAUCUCUGGCUCAAGACGGAGAAGAAAAUGACGAGUCUGCAGACACAAUCUAACAUGUCGUGGAUCGAGGUGCAAUUCCUCGACACUGCAGCCAAAGCAUUACAGGCCUGUCGCCAGACACUGAAAUGGACGUACGCCUUUGCCUUCUACCUUGCACGAAACAACAUGACGGAGAUAUUCGAAGACAACCAGAAGGAUCUGGAGAUGGCUGUGGAAAAUCUCAGUCAAAUGUUUGAAAAGCCAGUGAAUGAACUGGCUAGCCUCAAGGUCGAGAUCUUGGACAAGACGACCUACUGUAACCGUCGACGAGAAAUUUUGCUCAGUGAUACCGCCGAAAAUCUUAAGAAAGACCAGUGGAAGUUUAACGUUGAGUUAUGAAGUACCCUGACAUGUACAACUGUCCGGGAUCACGCCAGGCAUUUGCGAACAGCGAGGCGUUUGUACACGGGCUCCGUUUGGAUGCAUUCUCACGAGAGGGCAGCGCUUCGCAUGCAACAUCAUGAAUCCGCACGGGGGACUGGUAGAGGGCGUUGAGGGCUCAUGUAGGCUCAAGCACAUAUUUCACGCACAGCUUGUAGCGGAGGUAUCUCCCGGGGUACCAAAGUUUUAUCCCAGAAUCAUUGGAAAAGAUGAGAUCCCGUCGCUCAUCGUGAGUGGGUCGAACGAACAAUGACCGAGAAGCCGAACUGUACCAGUGCUCGAUCGUUUAGUGUUAUAGGCAUGGUCGAAGACGUUGUUAUCAAGCGCCAGUAUCGGUCAGUAACAUAGUUCGCAUUUCCCCAAUCUCCGUACACGGUACAACAAUCAAUGCGUAUGGACG